AUGCUGACGCGAAAUGUAAUGUGGCUUAUUAUUUUGAUCCUUUUAAACACUGUUAUAUUAUUACAAACCGCAAGACAAUGGAGUAACAGACAGCUUUUUCCACCCAGUAAAAUUCCAGAUGAUGGUCUAAAUCCACGACGAGCGGUUGUGAGGCGAAAAAUUGUGUUAUAUCAUAAUUUCUUCCGCACAAAAGUACAACCAACUGCUUCAAAUAUGUUACUAAUGUCCUGGCACGCCGGCGCAGCACGUCAAGCUCAAAAUUAUGCGGAACGAUGCAUAUUUCUGCAGCACAACGACCUACAGGAAAACACUGUGCCAUAUCUAGGAUCUUGUGGACAGAAUCUAUUUGUUGCAGCACAGAAAACCCCAUGGUUUUUUGCGCUUAAAACAUGGUUUUUAGAAUAUCAAAACUUCACAUACGGGUUACCAGUUCAUAAUUUUAAAACAAUUGGACAUUACACACAAAUGGUUUGGGCUACGAGUCACAAAAUUGGAUGUGGACUUGCUCAUUGUCCUGGAGGACCUUGGGGACAUUUUUAUAACUACGUGUGUCACUACUGCCCUGGUGGCAACUAUGAUACAAUAACGCAAUAUCCUUAUAAAGCGGGACCUCCAUGCGGAGACUGUCCACAGAAUUGUGUGCAAGACUCGCUUUGCACUAAUGUGUGUCCAAGAAGGGAUUACUACUCCAAUUGUGACUCCUUGGUAGAGAUGUCAUCAGACAUCUGCCGACAAGGAAUAUGUAACGCCACAUGCCUAUGCGGAUCUAAACGGAUACACAAAAAUUACCCGUGGUGA